CCGAGCUCGUGCAGCGAUGAGGUAGAGUAUAAAACGAACUAAGGUGUUGUUGCUGAAAGCGCUAUGUCGAUAAGAGAGAGAGGAUAUGAACAGAUAUUUAAGUAACAGCUUUAAUGCAAACAGACUGCUUAGACUGUCCAGUAGUGGGUGACCUGUUCACUGAGCUAGCAAUAAGAAAAGUCCACUUAGGCUGGUGGUUUUAGCCACUUAUAUUUUGUGCUUUUUAUUCGUUUUUUAUGAAGACCGUUAACACAACUUGUUACUUCGAUGAAAUGAUAUAGAAGCUAACACAAGUUCUUAGGAUGUUGCAGAGAAGAUUUUAUCCGUUUCUUCUUCUUCUUCUUCAGACGUUCUUCAUGGAAGCCUGGAGUCGUAAUGCACAUAACUAUCACCAUAGGCACAGACUUAUCGCAGGAUGUUCCCGCUGCUCACCAGGGUACUCUGUGGUCGAACGUUGUUCUAGAAACAAAAACACAGAAUGCGCCGCCUGCCGACCAGGGACAUACCUGCCCCACCACUCUUACAAGCAAAGGUGUUACCCAUGUUCUCGGUGUGGCGAAGGUCUGUACAUAGCCCAUCAGUGCACAUCAUCGAAAGACACAGUUUGUGACUCCUGCCACACCUAUAGAGGGCCUCACAAUAAGAACUUUCACCAGAAAUGUGUGCUUGCCCGAAACAAUACACAAACGUCCAUCAGCCGGACAAGCGUAUUUUCAAAUGCUUCUGUAUCACGGUAUUUGAAAUCUUCAGAUCGAAAAGUCUCUUCUUCUCCUAAUUCUGUCACUGAAAAGCAAAAUCGUAGUUCAAUUUCAAAACAAAAGUAUACGAAUAAGUUACGUGUUUUCUUUCCUGUAAUACCCACAAGCACAAGAAACAUUAGCAAAGGUGAUUCAAUUUCAGACGACAUACAAACAUUGGGAUUUCAUCAGAGCCCCAACACCACCCUUGGGCGCGUCCACGAAACAUUGUUGCCGGAAGUAGAUGUUUCACAAGUCUUUGUUUUUACUGCAGGUCUUGCAACGAUGGUGGUCAUCAUUAUUAUUACAACCGUGAUUAUCUUAAAGCGGUAUCAAAAGGCCAAGACACACUACACGCACGUACCUGUCUACGACCAAGAAACGAUCAUGCUAUAAAAGGCAAUCCUAUCGUUUAAGGUGGUGUGAGCUGAAUUAACAACAGUGAAAUAUCUUCCUGAUUUGAUAUUCAUGUAAUUGAAACGUACCAGUGGAAGCCGGAAAAGCAGAAGACAAAAAUCCACAAUAUGAUUUAUUGACAUUAUGAUAUUAAGAGUGACGUAAUGCUUAGGUGUUCACUGUUUACGUCUAUUCUGCUGCCAAGUGAUAAUGCUGAAUAAAGGACCUGAAUUAGCGCCAUCUAGUGACAAGUACAGACAAUGCUAAAAUGAAACCAGAAUGAAAAACUAUGGAUUGUUAAAGAUUACAAUGAAUUUAGACUAUCACGUGAAUGGCAGGAUGGCGAUUUUUUUAUACAUCUGUAUCGUUUUUGAGAAAAUUAUAGAUUAUACUUUUGUUGGAGACUUUCAAUGUUUUUCCAUCCAUGCAUGACCAGCUGCUUGAUGUUGCUAUAACGACGCAAUUGUUUCCAAAUUUUUAUUUUUGUGUUGUAUUUAUCCACAAUCUCUAAUGUCCUUGGUACGUAUUCCGAAAUUCGCCAUAACCGAUGACAAGUUUUUGUCGUAGCGUACAAAUGCAAAACUGAGAGACUGACCGAUUGUGCACAGCGAAAUAGUUUAGCUGAUUCGCUAACGUCCUUAAGGUUGUCCUCGUGAUAGUAAUCACCUGGUUGACGGUGUAAUUGUGAUGAACCGCUAACGUCUGUAAGAUUGUCCUGGUGAUAGUAAGCACCUGGUUGAUGUUGUAUAGCGUAAAAGUUUUAGCUGAACCACUAACGUCAGUCACUUUGUCCUCAGAAUAGUAAACACCUGGAUGAUGGUGUAAAAGUUAAAAUGAACCUCUAACGUCAUAUAACGUUUGUCCUGGAGAUAAUAAACACCUGGUUGAUGGUGUAGAAGUUAAAAUGAACCGCUAACGUCCGUAAGGUUGCCUGGAUAAUAUUACUCGAUGUUUUUGUGUCCUCAGCUUAAAAUGACUGUAUUAUAGUGUUUAAAAAUGAAAAUGUGUUACUAGAUGAGGAAAAGCUUAGUAACUUAAGGAAAUGAUCGUUUCCUUAUCAACGUAUAGUGGUGUAUAACCGUCAUUCAUGGUUCACAUUUACAAUGACUCAAAGUUGUUAAGUGCUAAAUUAUAGUUAGUUUUUAAAUAUACUGUUAUUAUUUUUAUACGUAUAUGAUCGAAAACUAAUUGUAUGCAAGUUAUUGAUUGUUACUAUGCCGCACGAUUUUCAAAUUUCGUAUUAUAAAACGCCAUCGGCAGACAUCAAUCUUAAUUAAACAAAUGUACGAAUAUCCGUAUUCGUUAAAUAGGAAAGAUCUCAUUAUUAGUAGUAAGUAUUAAAAAUAAUGUUAUUUGUACA